AUGGCCAGUUCAAGUGGAGAACCGGCUGAUGAAGUGGCUAAUAAGCGUCCUCGUCUGGUGGGCAACCCCAAGGCCCCCAAAAUAGUUGAGCCCCCACCGCCCAGUCGCCCGGUCGCCAACCGGGUGCCCAAGUGCGCCCGCUGCCGAAACCAUGGGAUCAUUUCAGAGCUACGGGGUCACAAGAAGCUCUGCACCUACAAGAACUGCAAGUGCGCCAAGUGUGUCCUGAUCUUUGAGAGGCAACGCAUCAUGGCCGCGCAGGUUGCCCUGAAGCGUCAGCAGGCGGUGGAGGAUGCGAUUGCCAUGCGGCUGGUGGCCACCAAAACGGGUCGUUCCAUCGAUGCACUGCCGCCAGGCAACAUAUUCGGUCUGACCGUGACGCAACCCAGCUCACCGCGCCCCAAGCGGGAGGAUGACCACGCGGAGAAGCCUCUGUCGGAGGAGCGGCAGCAGCAGCAGCUGAAGCAGAAGGAGGAGAAGGAGGAGUACUGCGGAUCGCCGGCGGUGGCCCAGGACCUCAGUGCUCCCCGACGGGAUAACGUCUCCCAAACGGCCAUUGACAUGCUGGUCCAGCUCUUUCCCCAGCGCAAGCGAUCUGUCCUGGAGCUGGUGCUCAAGCGCUGCGAUCUCGACCUGAUCCGGGCCAUCGAGAAUGUCUCGCCCACCGGCAAGUCCUCGCCAGUGGAUGUCACUACCCACCAGGUGCCCAGCCAGGAGUCGGGCAUGCUGCCCGCUGUGCCACAGCCCACGCCCCCCAGGAGCAGCGCCUUCAGGCCUGUGAUAACAGAUCAGUACCAGACCAAAUCGGUGGUCGAGCUGAAGCCGCCGGUCUUCGGAAGCAGUGCAUCGGCGGCGGCAGCGGCCAUUUGUGCGUAUCCCAAGUGGUUUGUGCCGCUUUCCUUUCCGGUGACCAUGGGCCACCUCUCCAACCUGGCGCCCCGAUGCACCUUGCCCAACUGCGCCUGCCUGGACAGCUACCAGUUCCACUAG